AUGAAGAUUUUUGGAUCUACACAACGUUUAUUAUUGAAAAAUGUAUUAGAAUCAUGUCGAUUUAAUUUGAUAUCUCGACGAACUGUAGUAAAAUUACAAUGUACAACAGAUAUUCGUCCACUUGAUAAAUUAAUUACUAAUAAAUAUUUAUCUUUACCACAACCAUCAGAUAAAUUAUUAGCAACAUACAUUUGGAUUGAUGGAACAGGUGAACAAUUACGAGCAAAAACACAAACAAUUUCAGAAGAACCACGUAAGAUAGAAGAUCUUUCAUGGUGGACAUUCGAUGGAAGUUCAACAGAACAAGCUAAAGGUGCAAAUUCUGAUAUUUAUUUAAAACCAGUUGCAAUAUUCAAAGAUCCAUUUAUGUUGGGUGCAGAAAAUAAACUUGUCUUAUGUGAAACAUAUGAUUCAGACAAGAAACCUACAAAAACUAAUUUAAGAGCUGAAUGUGAAAAGUCAAUGAAAAGUGCAGCUGAUCAGAAACCUGCAUUUGGAUUUGAACAGGAAUAUACUCUACUCGAUCGAGAUGGAUGGCCAUUUGGCUGGCCUAAAAAUGCUUUUCCUGCAGCACAAGGUCCAUAUUACUGUGGUGUUGGUGCAUGCCAGUCAUAUGGCCGUGAUUUAGUCGAAGCACAUUAUCGUGCUUGUCUUUAUGCAGGUCUCGAUAUUUUUGGAUCAAAUGCUGAAGUCAUGCCAAGUCAGUGGGAAUAUCAAAUUGGUCCAACACGAGGAGUUGCUGCUAGUGAUCAAUUAUGGAUUAGUCGUUUUAUUCUUCAUAGAAUUGCAGAAGAAUAUGGAAUUCAAAUUAGUUUUGAUCCAAAACCAAUAGAAACUGGUGAUUGGAAUGGAGCUGGUUGUCAUGCUAAUUUUUCAACUGAAGCAAUGGGAAAACCAGGUGGACUUGAAUUAAUAAAAGAAGCUGUCGAAAAAUUAUCUCACCGACAUGAAGUUCAUAUGAAACAUUAUGAUCCAUGUGGAGGUUCGGAUAAUAAACGUCGUCUGACUGGUAAACAUGAAACAGCAUCGUAUGAAGAAUUUUCAUCCGAUAUAGCUUCACGAGCUGUUAGUGUCCGAAUUCCACGUCAAGUUGCAGAAAAACAAUAUGGAUAUCUUGAAGAUCGACGACCAUCGGCUAACUGUGAUCCAUAUGCUGUAUCAAAUAUUCUAGUCAAAACUAUUUGUCUCAAUGAAACUACGGAAGAACAUUCGAAUUAA